AUGUUCAUGGCCAAGUGCCUGUUGAAGGGGACAUCAACACUGCCGCCACGUCUGCUGUCGCACGUUCUAAGGAGCAGUGUUCCUCCGGUUUCGAAACCGGGUGCUGCUCCCAUGACUACUCCUCUCGGUCAGCCCGAUGACGUCGUACCUGAUCUUGCUAUCUUGUACCUGGACAUCUUCUGCCGAGUCUUCUAUCCACUGAGCUUUCUCCUGUUUCUAAUCAUGUAUUAUUUUGUGUUCACUGAAGGACGACAAGACGACUGCAUCAAUCGACGAACGCGGUAG